CCUGGGGUUGUGUCCAGCAAACUUCACCAGGGUCAUCUUUCUGAGUCCUCUUCCCUGCACAAGGGGGCGGGGCAAGAGGCCAGCCAAUGAGAGCGGUCCGGUCCGGAAAGGGGCGUGGCUGAGUUCGGCUCUCAUAAUGCCCGCGUCCUCUCCUCCCGCAGAGCAUCUUCUCCAGAGUUGGGAGGAAGGAGGGAGGUCUGGCCAUGGGGGAAGCAAGCCAUGCCAAGGGAGGUUGCAGCCUCCUGAGCCGAGCUUUGGGGUGCAGAGCCCCUCCUGCCGUGGUCGCGGUCGGGGGCGGCUGCGCCUGCUUGGCGGAGGUGCGGGUGCUGGUCAUCAACACGGGAGGGACCAUCGGGAUGGUGCCCCACCAGUCGGAGGGUCUAAUUCCUGAAGCAAACAAGUUAGCAAGGUACCUGAAAAAGAUCCCAAUUCUUCAUGACGCUGUGUAUGCCAGGAAAAUUAACCUAGAAGAUGAUACUUUGGUGCUUUCGUCUUCUAACCAAAACAAAAGAAUAAUCUACACAAUCCUGGAACUUGAUCAGUUGCUUGAUUCUUCAAAUAUGACACCGGCUGAAUGGGACAAUAUUGCUAGACAACUUGAGAUAAACUAUGAAAAGUACGAUGGAUUUGUGAUCCUACAUGGCACUGACACUAUGGCCUAUACAGCCUCGGCAUUGUCCUUCAUGUGUGAGAAUCUGGGUAAAACUAUCAUUCUGACAGGAUCCCAGGUACCCAUAUAUGAACUGAGGAAUGACGGCAGAGCCAACCUGCUGGGGGCGCUCUUGAUUGCAGGACAAUUCGUGAUUCCUGAGGUGUGUCUGUACUUUUGUAAUAAACUGUACAGGGGAAACCGGGUGACUAAGGUGGAUGCAGAGAGUUUCAAUGCCUUUUCCUCACCUAACCUGCCUCCACUUGCAAAUACUGAGGUUGAUAUUACAAUUAAUUGGGAGACGGUGUGGAGAGCCAAUACCACCAAGAAAUUUGAGAUUCACACCAAUAUGAACAGCAACGUGGGACUCCUGAGGAUCUUCCCGGGGAUUACGGCAGCAGCGGUGAGGGCAUUUCUUCAGAGCCCAAUGGAAGGGGUUGUACUUGAGACCUAUGGGAGUGGGAAUGCCCCCAAUAACCGUCCCGAUUUGCUCGCUGAACUGAAGAAAGCAACUGAUCGCGAAGUGGUGAUUCUGAAUUGCACUCAGUGUCUACGAGGAACGGUUUCUUUAGUUUAUGCUACAGGGAAGACUCUUAUGGACGCAGGUGUAAUUCCAGGAGGAGACAUGACACCUGAAGCUGCCCUUGCCAAGUUGUCCUAUGUUCUGAGCAAACCUGGACUUAACUUGGCUGAAAAGAGAAAGAUGUUGGGUGAGAACCUGAGAGGAGAGAUGACUGUUGUGCCCAUUGGAACCAAGAUCACCCUCAAAGAUAGCAAGUUUAUUCAAGAGAUUGCAAAAUAUAUGUUUAUCAGCUGCAAGGAGGAACUUGAAGCUAUUCGAGAUGCUUUGACUCCUCCUUUGGCUUGUGUGGCUGCAAAGAAUGGGGAUUUGGAGGCCCUAAAAGCCUUACAGAGUUUGGGUGGAAACUUGAGUUCCGGAGAUUAUGAUGGUCGCACUCCUCUUCAUAUUGCGUGCUGUGAAGGCAAUUUGGAAAUAGUCACCUAUCUACUGCAGUCUGGUGCAACUGUAUAUGCAAAGGACCGAAUGGGAGCUACUCCUCUGCUGAAUGCUAUAAAGUUCAGGCACCAUAAAGUGAUUGGUCUACUUCGCAAAACUGGAGCUCACCUUUCCAGCCAGGAGCUUGUGAAUGUUGGAACAGAACUCUGCAGUCUUGCCUGCAGUGGAGAUGUUGAGGGACUGCUAGCAUGGCAUUUGGCAGGUGUGGACCUGAACCAGCAUGGCUAUGAUGGGAACACUCCAUGUAUCGCGGCCCAGGCUGCAGGACAAAAUAAAGUUGUGGAAUUUUUCUUUCAAUUAGCAGGCUAAUGGGAUACGUAAAUGGCAUUUCUCUCAGGCACAUAUUAAUGCAACUAAAGUUGAGAAGUACUGAAGAAUUCAACUUAAAGCUUACUAGUUUUAGCUUAGUAAAGAGAUCUAUUUUUCUUAUUUUUGUUUUUUUUUUUAAAAAAAACAACAACUAUCCUCUUUUAAAGAAAAUAAUCUGCCAGUAUUGGACUCUGCUUACACACUAGACAAGGCAUGUGCAAACUUGGGCCCGCCAGGUGUUUUGGACUUCAAUUCCCACAAUUCCUAACCGCCUACUGUUAGGAAUUGUGUUUGCCCAUGCCUACAUUAGACUAUUUAACUUUGUAUUGUCUUAGGAACAAAUAUAUGAAACUGGAACAAACUACAGUCCUCACAUUUCAUGUAAACCUGCACUUUAAUGCUUCUGGCCCUUAAUGCCCUAGUAGCAUUGCAUCAAAUCAUCCGGGCGUCCCUUGGGCAACGUCCUUGCAGACGGCCAAUCCUCUCACACAAGAAGUGACUUGCAAUUUCGCAAGUCGCUCCUGACACGACAAAAAAAUUGCUUGCUUGGACUGGCAGUGGCUCUUUACAAUGUCAGACAGAAAUUUUUCUUAAGCCUCACACCAGAGCUUAGAAAAAUUACUUUUUUAGACUGCCAACUCUUAGAAUCUCCCAAUUAGCAUGGUCAGUGGCUAAGCAGUGUUCUUGGAGAUUUAGCCUCCCCAAAAUAACUUUUUAAAGUCUUUUCUAUUGUUAGAGGUCCCCCCCCUUCCCCCCUGGAUAUGAUGGAGAAUUGGCCACUGCAUACACAGCAAUGUUUACUACAGUUGGCUGUCCACAUUUGUGGGUUUGACUUUUUGCAGAUUUGAUUAUUUGUAGAUUUGAUUAAUAUUUUGUCUCUAGGAAUCUUCCCAAAAGUUGGCCAUAGAAUCACCUUGGAAUUCCUAAAGAGAGAACCUCUCAAAUUUCACCCAAGAUGAUUUUAUGGUCAACUUCUGAUGGAAGUCAACUUCUCUAACCAACAUGAGAAAGGAGGGCCUGCUACUCUGCUGACACCCUUUCCUGUGGAACCAUUUUAGAUCUUAUAAGGCACAACACAUAAAUAACAUUGUGCAUUUCAACACUGAGAGUUUAUUAAGGAGGCUCUAGGCAAUUUGGCAUUUCAGAAAGCAACAGCAUACAGUUAAACGCAUUCAGCUAGCUUUGUUCAAUGAAUUCCUUAGAAUGGUAGACCAAAAUGGGACCAGUGAGAAACAAGGAUCAAGUUGCCAGUAUGUCUGGGGAAAGCUAUAUGGAGAGAUUUACAAACAUUUUUCUAAAACAAUUGUUAGACCACUGAGGGUGCAGGAGGCCGCAGUCAUGGUAGGGACACUCUCUACUCCCUUGAGCAGGCUUUUGGGAGCAUUUUUUGCCACAUUUCUUUUGAUUCCCUGGAGAUCACAUAGAGCUCAUAGGAGGCACUUUGUCCACCACUGCGCUAAAUUCUUUCAGGGAGACAUUCCCCCUAAUAGCAAUCCAUAGGAGUGUGAAAAAGAACUGGAAAAGGCAAACAGUAAACAGGACUAAAGGACAGAAUGGUGUUAUCUUGGAAAGACAGGCUAGCUGCUUGAAGAAACACACUCCUACAUAUAUUAUUUGCAAUCAUUUAUCUGAAUUGUUUUACUUGAAGUGAAACUUGGAGGAAGAGAGAAUAAAUUUCUGGGUUUUGAGUACAUAACCUUUUAUAAAAUACGUAUUUUCCAAGGUUGUUCUGUGCUCUUCUGCUGCAUUUAGUUAAGAUCUUAGGGAGAGAUCUUUUCCUUCAUGGCAGGGGAUUGGACUAGAUGGCCCACGUGGUCUCUUCCAACUCUGUUAUUCUAUUAUUCUAUGAUUCUGCUUGUGAAAAAUAAGUGUUGUGUUUCAUCAUUCUUUGCCAUGUCAACACUUAUUUACUGUGGAAAUUAUUGUAAUUUGAUGCUAUGUUUAAAUAAAAUUCUGGAAAACA